AUCUGGUGGAGCUUUUAGGUGGACUGACCCGGCCGGGUUCUGUUUCGUGGUCCAAGUCGACACGUAAAGUUGAAGCUCAGCUUGUCUGAAUCGCGCCCGAGCGGAGACAAGCCUUUGACUGGCACGCCGCCGCCUCAGCGCGUCAUCGCGGGCGACUCGAGGCCUCCGCGUAGUCAACUUCUUCCGGUUGGACCCGUCGUUGCAUCGUGUCCAUCCGCAACGCUGAGCGCUUGACAAAAUCAGAGCGCAGAGAAAACGCGCGUCAGCCCGAGAAUCGAUUUCGCACACGUCUUUGUCAUCUGUCCCGUCCUCCGAUGUACGACCUCGUGACCUCGGCUUUUCCUUUCCUCACGCACAUCAAGAGGACACUUGGACCAAUCAAAUGUGGGAAGAUUGAAUUUCCUCAGUCUCGUGAUGUGUUUUUUCUUUGCGUUCAAUUGCCACACGGGGAGCGUCGGCAUCCGCCGCAAGCCGCAUCUUUCUGGGCUAAGAAGGGCCGGCCGGCCGGGCAGGUCAGCCGCAGGCAUCAGAAAAGGUUCACCAAAGUAUUGCCCACAAGACAACCUGUAUUAUGAAGGGAAUAUAGAAUACUUUACAUUCUAUUACAUAUUAGAAUAUAAAGUAUUCUAUAUUCCCUUCAAUUACAAGAGCCAUAUUUGGUGCUGAUGCGUCGCUGGCUUUGAUGUGGCCAGUAAGCGCAAAUGUGCCAAGAGAAUGCCCCGAACUUCAAAGCGUUUGCUUUCCUGCUUUAUUCUUUGUCUUUUUGCGCCUUGAUCUCCCAAACGCCACACGGCCUUCGGCGUCCAAAGAUUACCUCGGCGCAUCUCGAAUCGAGUCGAGGAAUCCAGAGAGACGAAGCGUUUGCGAGAAACCCAACCGGAGAGCGCCAGAGAAAACAUGAACAUGGAGAAACGUUACUCAGGAAACACAAAGAAAAGGAGCUCGCAGGGAAACAAUUGUAAGAAGCCGUUUGAGCGCUUUGCAACAACGGCCACAUGAAGAAAGAUAAAGUGGAACGCCAGAGAAAAAGAACCUGACAUAUGCAUCCAUCUUGACCAUUCAGUUAAAUGGGUGGUGGAAUUAUUCAAAAGGUUUCAAGCAAUUAUCUUCAAACUAUAUUUCAUAAUAACGACAUUUAACGGAUAGGCUCCAGCACGCCCGCAGCCCGCCCGAGGAUAAGCGCUACCGAAAAUUACAACGCAGCUCGUGGGUCACUCGUGGCUGUGAGGUUGAGAGCUCCAAGCUUUGCUGUGGCCUUCCUCGAAAUUGUGUGAAUUUGUGAGUGUCGCGAACCCCAAAUAUUUUGCAGUUUUUCAGCGGAAAAGCCCAUCUGCCAUUAUUUACUGCUGAGAACUCGCCUAUUUGUUUUGUUGUUUUGGAGUCUAGCGUGUGUGGAGCAUGAAAACUGUCACGGUUAGGGUUUUCCAAGGCAAGGGCAAAACGUGGAGGACCCAAGGGCAGGGAGGCAAGGCAGGAGUCUCCAAAAGGGUUAUAUUCAAUUCCCAAACUAAACAAAGUCCCACAACAGAUCACCAAAGUAACACACUUGACUAAACCUAAAACUGCAACCAAAACAUGACUGGUCACUAAGACGUGGCACAGACAGAGGCAAUGACAACGAACCGACAAGAAGCGAAAGAAACCAGGGAACUAAAUACAAACAGAUUGACGAGACAACGAGGAACACCUGGACAGGACACGAGCGGCUGGAGGGACCCGAUUGGUCGACACGAGCCCCGUCAUCGGUCGCCUCCUGGGAUGACCCCAGGCAGAGGUCACCGCCCCCCUCCGGAGAACGGCCUCAUCUUUUGCCAGUACUCCAACUUGGAGCUGGCCGCCCAAAACGCAGCCCUGCGAGAGCAGCUGCGUUUCCAGCACCACCGAUACGAUCACGAAAGGCAGCGGCUCCUGCGAGCUCUGAAGAAACCCGGCGAGUCCGACCCGGAAAACAUCGUCGCGGCCGUCGACAAAGCGUGGCAACGGCGCUGGGCCGCCCGAGAGCAGGAGGCCGCCGCCCAGUUUCAGAGUCAUCGAGAGGGCGUGCAGCGCUACGUGGACGACAUGGCGCUUCAUUUUCACAGCCAGCUGGAAAUCCUGCACGUGCACAACGUGGACACGGUCUGCUACUUUCAAGGCGAGAUGGAGUACAUGCAGUGGCACAUGGGACGAGCCAUCUCGGAGAAGGACGAGCUCGUCCAAAACCUGAAAAAAGAAAACUCCGUCCUCGUAGCGGAGAACAAAGCGAUGUCCUCCCAGCUCUGUAAAUUCAACGCAGACACGCCAGAGCCAGAAAACGCUCGAGAAGAGGACGAUCGGUCGCAGGCCGAGCGACAGGGCGAGACGAGCCCCGCCGUUGACGAGCUCCGGGAACAAGUGGAAAUGCUGGGCGACACCUUCAAGAGCCUCGCGGUGCGCGAAGAGGAGCUCCAGGUGCUGGAAGCUGAUUGGUGAGAGAGUUUAGACUGAGCUGGUCUUCCGCUUCCUCUGGCCUGACUCCCAACUGCACUGUGCGUCCUGGCUUUGGCUUUGGCUCUGGCAGCCAUUUUGUUUUCCCUCUGUUUUAACACGUACAAAAAAAAAAAAUAUAUAUUAAAAUCAAAAAAAAUUCGAGUGAAAUUGGAGCAGAGCGAAGAAUAAAUCUCAUAUUUUCUGCCUCUGUACAGAAAAAAAACAUUUACAUUUCACUCUACAAAUCACUAAAGUCUUCUAAAUGAUUUUGAACGUAUUUUGCAGAACAUUGUCUCAACCAUUUGAUAAUUAUUUAAUACCCUUCAUUUAAUGAGCUUUUAAAAUCAUUUUUAGUCAAAUGUUUGUUGUAAUCGGCUAUCUGCGGUCAGGCUGGCAUUGCAAAUGGAAAUAUCUUGUCAGUUGUCCUAACCUGGAUACAUAAAGGUUAAAUAAAUAAAAUAUUAAUUGAGCUUGA